AUGGAUGAAAUAGGUAUCAUAUUAGGCAAAGUGGUAGGUGGUAGGUAAGGUAGGUGACCUUACAGGGAUGGAUAUAAAGGAAUGCAUAUUGUAGCUACUGUCAGCGAUAUUUGUCCUACUAUAUAUACUUUUUAGAUCAUGUGAUUUUUAGAUCAUUUUGCUCAGAAAUAAAUCAUUCGCCGAGACAAAAAUUUAAAAUCGAUAUUAAAUCUACUUAUUGUAUUAUUUAUUUCGUUCUCUAAUUCACUAGUAUACAAUGCCUCGAAAGUAGCGAGGAGAAUAGCAAGUUUCUCACAAUGAGAAUAAUUUCACCAACAUGUGAACUAAAGCCUCCAGUAAAAGACGUCAUUCAGAACAUAGAAGAGCAAGUCCAAAACCUAACAACAAAUGCGGAAAUUCGAGAGCUACGACAAUAUUUGAAAGAUGAGAUCGCAAAAGUUCAGAACACUGUUGAAGAAAUUCUUCAUAUUCUGCUGAAUAAAACAAGAAAAGGUACAUAAAUUAUGGAAAGAGUCUCAUUGCAUUGCUGUAAAGAGUCUUAUUGCAUUGCUGUAAUAACGUACACAAGUUCCUCUUGGUAGGAAUUAAUGGAUGCAACUACCUGAAAAAUAUAUGCUUAUCUUACUCCUGACGUGGGGCCUUCGCUCGAAAAGUCGUAAUUCUCCUUAUAUUUUCAGGUAGUUGCAUCGCUAUACCAAUUACGAAUGUUUGUUAUUACAUUAUUGGUACUAACUAUAUUCUGGCACCGACAGUUCAAGAUUAUUGCAUUGCUCGCUAUAUUACUGCGAAAAAAGUAUGAGUUAAGUCCAUUUAUAUUGACAUUUAGGUCGUUUUUCGUCCAAAAUGUAAGUUUUAGUUUACGAUCUGUGCGGUGGCGUUGUUUUUUUGUCUCAUGCAACUGCAUGCCUAUAGAAGUUAGCUGAAAAUUGAUUAUAGUUUAAAGUAUUUAUACAGAAACGAUAUAGCUACCAAUCAAUGUCGAGAAAAUUUUUUAUGUUAUGUUUGUUAUAAACGACAUUAUAAUGUUUGUUAUAAAUUAUAACCAUUAUAUGUUAGUUGAUUGUGACAAAAAUCGCCAGGCUUGUUAUGCAUGGAAAGAGAGAUUGAAUUAUUUCCCUCGUUUUCUCGCAUUUUGCGUUGAUAUAACGAGAUGCAGAAUAUCCAGUAAACAUAAAAUAUUCACCAAAAAUUAUUUCUUGCUGCAUGUGAAUGGAUUUCAGCAACAUGACGAACUAUAGGCUACAUUUACUAAUGCAUGCACCUUUUCCUUGAGCUUUACUCUAUCAACCCAACUGAUUUCCGCGAUUUGAUUACCUCAGCCAAGAGCUUAUGUAAUAUAACCUCAUGGCCAUGGUUUAUGUGCACGUGUUGUCUUCUAGCAUGAAAAAUUACAACCUUCAUUAUAACACAUUCAGGUAUUUCUACUAAAAUUUUUAGGGCGAAUGGUAACAUGCCAAGGACAAGUCGAUUAAAUUUCGUUUCAAUUUGGACGAAAACUGAAUCAGAAAUUAGGAAAAGUUUGUCUUUCUUUUCCUAAAUAGCCUUAUAUAGUUUAUGUGUGCAAACAUUUGAGUUAUGCAGUCUUUCAUGCAACGUCCCACUAUAGUUUUAAUAUUUAAAAUACCUCCAGUCUCAUUAGGCAAUCGUUACAUUUUAGGUGAAUGUUUCAUGAAUGGAUCAAUAUUAAACCCAAAAACCACAUCCAAAUCAACAUACACAUCAAUUCAAAUUGAAGGUACGAAAUUAAAAUAAUAAUGCACCAACAUAUAGCGACUCAAAAUUUUGGGGAAAAUUACUUGAUCUUAUGAACGAACUUGCUCAAUUUUUUAUGACAAACUUUACCCAAUUUUUUGAGUAAAGAUCUACUUUACUCAAGAAUAUUAGUAAAAUUGCUCCUAACUUUGAAUAAUAUUACUGUAUAUUUUGAGUCGCUGUGGGUGCAAUAUAUGUACUCAGUUUUUACUCAAAUUCAAAAUACAGUACUCAGGGAUUUUUGGAAGUGAUUAAAUUGUAUUAUAAUAUAGCAUUUGUUUAUUCUGAACGCUGAUUGGCUCAGUCGAGCCGUGUUGAUAUAACUCAAUUAUGUCAACACGGAAACGUCGGGAAAUUUAUUUCUUUAUAUUUCUCUGUGCUAUAUUAUAAAACAAAUAUAAAACAUUUUCCAUAUUGAUAUAUAGUUAUAUGAACACUCGUGGAAAUUGGGAAAACUCGAAAUUGUGUGAAAACACUCCGCCCUUCAGACGUCGUGUUUCCACACAAUUUCUCGUUUUCCCAAUUUCCACUCGUAUCAACACGGAAAAUAUCAACACGGAAAACUAUGUUUUAUAUUUGUCAAAUCAAAGCAUUUGAUGAUAACUUACAUCAUCAUCAUCAUACAUCUCUCCUCAAAAGAGGCCAGAUCUUCGUUUUGUCGCAACAUUCCACUGUUUUAUUCUAUACAAAGACAAGUCUUCCUCCAUGUCAUUCCUACCGUAAUCUCUCUUUACACAAACUAUACAUCGUUUCCCCGUUCUACCGCGUGGCCGUUUUUCCCGCCUUCUGUUCUUUGCCUAUUAUAAGUGAUAUAACGCGGCCGUAGUCUUCUAACAUAUCCCAACAAUCUAAAUUUUACUUCCAUGCAUGUUUUUCAGUCACUGCCAGCCAACAAAGAUAUAUUUAAUCUUCCAUAUUCCGUCGUGUUGUUCUGGUAGUUAAACUUACGCAUGCACUAACGCACGUUAAAAUUGGUCAAAACUAACCAAAUUAACCAGUUGGAGUGAACAAAAUGAUACGAACAUAUAAGGUAGUGCAUAAUACCGUAACCUGCAUAGUAUCAGGCUUUAUUAGUUUACCACAGAGGCUGACACAAAUUUUAAUCGCUCACAUUCCAUCCAAAGUAAAGGGUAUAUUUGCAUGAUAUCCACUCAAAAUGUUCCAAGAAUAUGUCAACUUAGCACAAUAAUAGUAACGAUAAAUCUAGUUACAGUUGAAACUGCUGAAUAUACUAGCAUUAACUAAAUUUGUCUUAUAGAGGGUGUAUAAAAACAACAGAUUUGAAAUUUCUCGUAAUUUAGAAAAACAGCUAUUAGUAUCCAGAUUUUUAUGUAUAUAGCUUCUUUGGGUAUUUAUCAUGUAGAAUAAUAAAAAAAAUUCUCGAACUCAAAUUUUGUGAGCCAGGUGGGUGCAUCUUUUCCAACAAACUAAAAAUGGCUUGCGCACGAAAUUUAAAAUAGAUGGAAAGUUUGUUGGGUUUUUAAUUACUGUACAAAAUUUCAGACAAUUUGCUUUAGUUUACUUUGCUUUAUUCACGCAAACUUACAUUUUUUCUUAAAAAAUCAGUUAUUUGCAUGCUAAUGGACCAUUUGCAUUAUAGACUAAAUUUUGAUUUAGACAAAAAUUUCAUCACAGCUUGAAAGAGCAUCACAAAAUUAGUAAUAUUCCAAAGUUUCGUUGCGAAGUGUUGUAAAAUGCCGAUAAUAUAGCCAUGCGAAGUUUGCCGUUUUUCAGUCAUUUUGUAUUACGCAUGGGAAAUUGACAGCCCAAUCGGGUGUUGGGGCAUCAAUUUCCCGUUUGUAAUACAAAAUGACUGAAAAUUACAAACUUCGCAGGGCUAUAUUAUCCGCAUUUUACAACAUUUCGCAACGAAACUUUGGAAUAUUACUAAUUUUGUGAUGCCCUUUCAAGCUGUGAUGAAAUUUUUAUCUAGAUCAAAAUUUAGUCUAUAAUGCAAAUGGUCCAUUAAUGCCUGUGCAUGCCUAAUUUGCAUAUGUCAGCAAUAUGCAAAUUAGGUAAAGGCAUUAAUUAAGCAUGCGGAAGGCUAAACUAAAGCAAAUUGUCUGAAAUUUUGUACAGUAAUUAAAAACCGAACAAAGGUCAACAAAGUUUCCAUCUAUCAACUCAAAAUAUGAUUAAAGCUUUUAAAUUUGGUGCGCAAACCAUUUUUAGUUUGUUGGAAAAGACACACACCCCUGGUUUACAAAAUUUGAGUUCGACAAUUUAUUUUUAUUAUUCUACAUUAUAAGUACCCAAAGAAACUAUAUAUAUCAAAAACUGAAUACUAAUAGCUGUUUUGCGAAAUUGAGAGCAAAUUUCAAAUCUGUUCAGUUUUUUUAAUACAUCCUGCAUGUAUAGACAAAUUAUGUAAAAAGCCGGUAUUUUGUUUUUUUACAUGUGGUCAGACAGAGUGUUAUGUCGUGCAGGCCUUCUUUUCUCUUUCCACCUACCACAUUUAGGGAAGGAAAAGUGACCUGGUACUCAAGGUAAUAGUAUACUAAGAAAAGAAGAAGAGUUAGUGCAUUAAGAUAUAUACAUUGAAUGUUGUGAAACAGUCCGCCAUCCUCAUACACCUCUACACAUAUAUAACUUACUGUAAUUUUCAUGUUACGUGACAGUAUAUGGUCACUUAGAUAAGAUUAUUCACCAUUUGAUUUGAUUGACUUAAUCACUUUAAACCUUGUUUUUCAAAUGCCAUCUUCGGAGUUACCAGAUUUUUAAAUGGCAAUAAGCAGAUUAAAGUAGCAGAAUGUACUUAGCCUGUAUAUUGCUGCGGCUUUUAUUUUUCUUUAGAGAUGGUAUAGUUGUAAUAAAAGGUUAGAUAUGUCAAAAUUUUUGUAUCUGCGAAGCAGAUAUAUUGCUAUCCCAAACGUGCUGUUACCGUACUGCACAUAUAGCCAUUCAGCAACGAUCUUAUAGAAUUGAGCCAGUUUAAGUUCCGGGAUCGUAAAGGAAUUUUAUCCGAGUGGUAACAGAUUUCACGGGGUAACACAAACCACUGUGACACCGCAUCAAACCUGCGAACGGGCAUAGUUUGGCCUUGUGUUUUAUUAAUAUUCUUAUUACGAAAGUCAUCGAACUGUGGAAUUGCAUAAAAAAUUCGUAUCGUCGCCAUUCCACAGUUCGGUGAUUUUCGUAAUUUAUUCUUUGCCAUUUUGGCUUUUGGCUUCAAAAAUAUCUUGAUUUUAUCUUGAAUUGGCUGUCUUGCUUUCUCUCCAUUCUAUACUUGCGAUAUUAUUCCGAAGUUAUCCUGAUCAACAUGGAAACUUAUCCUCAUAUGGUAGGUAUAAAAUAACACAUAUUUUUAUUAAUUGGCAAUGGAUAUUUUAAUAAUCCAUUUGUCAACAUAGUUCACAAAAACAUUUGCUAUAUAAUACAGUAAAACAAUCAUUCUGUUAUAUUUUAAACACUCAAAACAUGGCAGGCAAUUUUGCCAAUGAACAAUAUCAAAGGAAGCUAAUGCUCUCAGGAGAAAAUGAAUUAAAUCCUGGUUCUGUAUUUCUGUAACUCCGUUCAAAACAACAGUCCAACUAAGCUGUCAUCAAAUGUACAUGUAGUGUUAAAGCAAUAGUUAAAGAUGUUAUCUGUUAAACACUUAUACAUUUUGGUUUUACACAUUAAAUGCUAGUAAAAGAAUCCCCACCCUCCUUAAAUUCCUCAUUACAAUUUCAUUUCACUUUCUAACAUAAAUUUUUUUGUUUAGAGAUUAAUACAAGAAUGAUGACUAAAUAAAUGUACUGGAUAUUGACUGGAUAAUUUUGUCAGAACCACUCACUUUUUUGCAAGACAAUCUUAUACCUAAAUUCAAUAGUAUGGAAAAUAACUACAAUAAUCAUAUAUUAUAUGGAUAUAAUCGAUCAAUGGCACACAAUCUACAAAACUAAACUUGUGAUACCUUCUACUCAAUCCAAUUUUCUCCCAGAACACAAAUUGUUUGUGUGGAUAUGCUGUGUUAAACCGAACAGCGUGGUAUAUCAUUAACUGUGCACAGGACUGGAAUUGUAUAUUCAGUGGUUGUCGAUAUCUGAUUGACCUCUUUCUAUUAAAGUAAUGCAUGUUCCUCAAAUAGUUUGUGUAUGUUACUCAAAAGUUAACAUUGGCAAGUGCAAACAACAAGUGACAGUACUUUUGCUUCAUAUGAUUACAAUAAAAUUUUGAAAAUUCAAUGAGUAUGGAUUGAAUUGACAGUUUAUUAAAUAACUGGCGGCAGGCUGUAUCGACACUUCAAAUUUUAUUCCAUUACUACAUAAUUAUCCGUUACAAUCAUAAUCACAUUAUAAAAUUAGUUAAAUUUUCUCGGCGGUUAUAUUUGACUUUAAAAUCUUAUUUGCUGUUAUAUUUAUUAUAAUAAGUGAUAAAAUAUUUCAAUUGUCCAUGUCAUCUUGAUUACUCAGUUCUUUUCAAGAAAAUACAAAAUGUGAAAAGUUUUUUCGCAGAUACAUGUACGCGUGGCGUACCUAUUUUUAUAUUAUUUAAAAAGUUGAUCUUUCUUUAAUUUCUAUAUAAGGUAAAGACUGCGCUGAUUUAUUCGAGAAAGGAAUAAAUGCUAGUGGAGUAUACAAGAUUGACCCUGAUGGCCUUGGUAGCUUUAAUGUUUUCUGUGAUAUGACCACAUCCGGGGGAGGAUGGACUGUAUUUCAACAUCGUCUUGAUGGAAGUGUUGAUUUCUACCGAGGAUGGCAAGAUUACAAACAAGGCUUUGGAAAUCUGGAUGGAGAAUUUUGGCUCGGUUUGGAUAAGAUUCAUAGACUAACAACAGCUGUUUCUGUAGCGGCACUUCGGAUUGACAUGGAGGAUACUUCUGGGAAUAAGCAAUACGCAUUGUAUGAUUCGUUUGCUGUCGCUGAUGAGCAACAAAAGUACAAGCUGAGUGUUGGAUCUUUUGUUGGUAGGGAAUUUGGCUAAAUGUGUAUAACCUCUAGGACAAUGAGCAUUACAUUAUAACUUCUUAGGAUUCUGCUGAACCCAGGGGCCGGUUGUUUAGAACUCUUUACUACUGUUUAACUACCCGUUUUGUAGUUAAAUAUAGUGGUUAACUUAACCACGUAGUUAAGUCGGUUGUAUAUAUUUGUUAGUAUGUAAAACAAGAUAAUUCUAUAACAAAAAAAUGUUCUUCGCAAGCGACAAUAAUUCCUGAGCCAACGGCUCGGAGCGCCGUUCCGGGCGGCUCGGGGCCAGGGUAUUAAUUCGGCCCGGCUAUUUACACUCGGGGAAAGGAAAGUAUUAGCGAAGUCUAAAAUUCAUCAAUAAUCGCGGGCGCGUGACUAUGGUUUAUCGAUGGGUGGUCAUCUCACUGAUAUACCUUGAUGGUGGUCAUCUCAAAAUAUUGCUGUUUUCCAGGAGGCAGAUAUUUCAAAAACAGGUAAGAAAGCUUGGUAAAUCGUUUCACACAUGCAAUAAAUUGUAAAAUAUUUUUUUCAAUUUUUGAACGUGAUAUGGCAAUAUAAAUUAAGUUUGUCUUAUUUGAAAGAAAAUUUAAAAUGGUAUAUAAAGUUCCGUUUAUUCUGUAUCUUGCUUGGUUUUCUAAAUAAAUCGACUUGUUUUGAUCAAAAGCAGUGUCCAUUCCGCCAUCUUGGAUAUGCAUUCGAUAUGCAUACGUCACAAGUAGGGUAAAAAGUGAAAUUUUGAUCUUGCAAACCACAUUCAUGUCAUUAUCAAUGUGAAACUCGAUUUUCCGAAGUCUUUUUAGUACUCAAUUAACUCAAAACAUUUUGAGAAACUUUUCGAAGAAAUUUAGUCCCACAUGAAGAAGUUUUAACAAGUUUACCCUACUUGUGACGUCAUCAAAAACUCAGUUAAUUAGGUCAAUCAUAAUACCAAGAUGGCGGACUGCACACUGUUUUUGGUCAAAAUAUUUCGAAUACCAAGCAAGAUAAGAAAAAGUUGUAUAUAUAACUUUAAAAGUUCAUUCAAAUAAGGGCCCCUCCCCCAAAUAAGACAAAGUAAAUUUUUAUUGCCAUAUCCAUUUAAGAACUGAUUUAGUAUGAGAAAUACUAAAGUACAGGGUAAGUUAGUUUUGACUGUCUAUAUAUGUAUGACUUUGUCUUUGUUUUUUUAUUCAGGUUUUUCCUAAACAAGCCCAGCUUUCCUAUUCAUUGUAUGCGUCGGUUCCUUAAAUUAAUUUGUAGAUCAUAAAAAAAGGAGAGUAACUUCCUGUAUGCAUUAGCCUCCUGUAUGAUUUAAAUGUAUUUCGUUUCGAAAUUAGUAUGAGUAAUAAGUUGAUAAACUUGGCAAAAAGUUGUUAAUUGCAAUGAAAAUUUAAAAACGUUUUACGUUUUAUAUAUUUUAAAAAUUGAUAGUUCUGUGGUUAAAAGUGUUCAAGUUUCAUUUAUUUUUUUCAGUUUUGUACAAAAAUAUUAAAAAAACAAUUAUCGUGUUGCCAUGGCUAACAUGGAGAUGCAAAUAAAUUACCAUAGCAGCUAGAAAUAGCAUACUGAAAGGAGUAAAACUGCAAAGUUUGGUUGCGAAAUGUUGUAAAAUGCAUAUGCGGAAAAUGUAGCCUUGCAAGUUUUGUAUAUUACUUUUGUAUUGCGUGCGGAAAUUGCUAUACCAAUUCGGUCCAAAUGUGCUAUAGCAAUUUCCGCAACCAAUACAAAAGUAUACAAAAUUUGCGAACUUUGCAAGGCUAUAUUUUAUGCAUUUUACAACAUUUCGCAACCAAACUUUGCAAUUUUACCCAUUCUAGUAUGCUCUUUCCGGGAAUAUACUUUUUGCCAAGAUAAAAAAAUUAGUCUAUAAUGGUUUAUUGUUUUCUUAAUUUUUUGUUCAAAAAUUAAGCAAAAAUAAAUUAAUGUUUCACACUUUUAACCACAGCUAGAACUACGAUUUCUAACAUAUAUAAAGUAUAGGUAUGUUAUUUUGCUUUCUAUGGGAGUUUAUUAUAAUGUAAAAUUCAACACGAACGCAUCGUAAAACGUUUUUAAUAAAUGUUCAUUGAAAUUAACUGCUUUUUCCCAUAAACUCUUCAACUUAUUACUAAAUAAAUUUAAAUCCUACAGGUAGCUCUUGAAAAUAAUUUUCUUCCUUCUUUUAUAAAAAAAUUAAAACAUCUUAACUUUCGCAAAGAAUGAAAAGGAAAGCUGUACAUGUUCCAAGGCCUUCGGGCGAAAAUUCCGAAAACUGGACAGCAAAUUUAAAGUCAUACAUCAACAAUAAAAACAAACUUACCCGGUACUUCAGGAUUUCUCAUACUUUCUUUAAAAUUUGAAAAAGGUGAUUUACAACUUAUUUUGUGAAAAGAUGUCCAAGCUUUCUGUCAUGCGUGUUGUUUUUAUCAUUGCUUCCUUCACUCCUGGAAAACAGCUAUAUUUUUGAGAUUAGUAAGAUGAGCACCCAUGCAUAACCAUGCGCCCGCGAUUAUUGAGGAACUUUAGACUUCGCUAAUGCUAUCCUGUCCACGGGUGAAAAUAGCCGAGCGGAAUUAGUGCCCUCGCCAAGGGCUUUGCCCUACGCGCUCCGCGCGUGGCACGGGGAUUACAAUUAAUAAUACUUAUUAUAUGGCAAGCAUCACUUCCGGUGAAAUGGCGGAUUGAGAUUGGCUGUGAAGCACUUUAAGGGGUCCAUUAUUUCCCCGUAAUGGACCGGCGGUCUAUUACGCAAAAACAAACGCAUGCAUUUUAAAUUAAAAUAAAACAGCAAAACUAAUAGAAAAUUUCAAAAUUAUUAUUUAAUUCGUUAUUGAUAAGAUGUCUGCGAAUGGUUUUUAGUGGAAAAGAAGGAAUACAAUGGUAUUUUUUGUUUUCUUCGACCAAAUGUGUAUCACGCUGCUAAUAUGCAUUUUAAAUCAUGCAUUUCUUGUUUUUUUUCUCAAAUAUAUACAUAUAAUAAAUUUUUUAUUAUUAACCUCACUUGCUCGGUAUGUACAAAGAAACAUCGGACCUCGGUCUUUUUGUACAAAACUCGCCCUAUGGGCUCGGCCAGUACAAAAAAGACCUCGCGGUCCGAUUUCUCUCUGUACAGACUUUGCGUUCGGUUAAUAAGAAGUUAGCAGCAGAAUAAUUUUUGUGAAAUUCGGAUAAAACAAACAUUCGUGACUUUUUCUAACACCUCAAAUAACAUUUGCAUUGGGACUCUGAUGCUCAUUGAAAAACCCACGCCUGCAUGUUUUAUCUCAAAUGUUCUCGAAACCGUCUUUUAGCUUAUACUAAUUACUAUACAAGUUCCUAUGUAUUUUAAAUGUUGAAGGACUGUUACGCAAUCGCGUGUCGCUUAUUUCUGGCCAUGAGACAUGCACGUACAACCCUACCGAAGACUCGUGACUGGUCAGUUUGAGUUAUCUCUGAAUGAAUAACAUAAUGCUCUUAUCUCUAAAUGAAUAACAUAUUAAAAGGUGUACAUUUCGGUCAGCGUUCAGGAAAAAGGUGGAACAAACAUCAGUUGCAACCAGUGUAUUGCCUUAAAGUUUGUUCUAUAUUCACCUUCAUGAUCAACACAUGACGUAUUAAGUUUACUUAUAUUAUCUACUUAUAUAAGCUAUUCUUCUUUGCAACUAUUGUGAUAUUAUUUUCCUAAUUAUGUUAUCCUAACUCACCCUAUCAUCUUACCGCCACUGUGGGAGGAAACCGAAGCGCCUGGACAAGACUCGCGACUUUCGGCAGAGCGUUGAGAAGUUCUUUUCACAGUGAGUCCGUAAGCCUAACGUCUUUAGCGAGAACCUAACCCAUUACCCAUGCACGAUCUCAGAGGUGAAAUGCGCUUGCUCUAACGAUUAUGGAUUAGAAAAGACUUUUCCAGAUCUAUUGACCUACUCAGGAAUUAAAUUGCUGCCAGCAAAAAUUUAAACCCGCAUUACCAAGCUGCGACCUAAUACUUUAAUGGGUAGCUAAUAUUGCAUUUGCAAAGUAUUUCCUGUAUUUUUUUGUAAGCUCCACGAUUAUAGUUAUUGUUGGUUAAUUUAAAUAUUUAUUUUACUAACUUUCUUUAGGUACAGCAGGAGAUUCUUUUACUUAUCAAAAUGGUAUGGCAUUUGCGACUAAAGAUGCCGACACUACCGGCAACUGUGCAAAGACAUUUAAAGGUGCUUGGUGGUAUAGAGGUUGUCAUUAUUCAAAUUUGAAUGGUCUCUAUCAUCAUGGCGCACACAAAACGUUUGCAGACGGUAUCAACUGGGUAACUUGGAAAGGCUAUCACUAUUCGCUGAAGUCAACAUCAAUGAAAAUCCGACGUCGUCCAUUUGGACUAUAA